GCUCUUAUGAAUGGAGGAACGUAUUUUAUUUUUGACAACUUGAAUAACGAAUUGAUAUAAAUACCAUUAUCUUAACAAAAUUCCUGUUUCAUUUACAAAACGCAGGGCUUUGAUGAUGGUUUCAAACUAAGUUUGUUAAUUAAUUAUUUCUGAAAUCAACAACAAUUCAAGCUUCUAGGAAGGGCACCACUCGAAAAAAAGAGUUGGGAGUAAACACCCAAAAAUGAAUUUAUCUAUUUCCAAUAUUUUUAUGUUUUUAUUUCUAAUGAUUCCGUCAAGGUCCAUUCAGAUAUUUUCAAGAAGUUCACAUGUAAUUAAUUAACCAUGUUAUGUUUGCCUGUGUGGUAACUUGGCGACAGCGAUGUUAAGAGUCCUGAUAAGCAUUAAAUACUACUACUAUUCCAGCCACAUGUGAAAUAUUGUUUUUUCAGUUUAAGGGUUGGUGUUAAGUUCUUUUAAAAAGUAUCUGUAAUGUAAAUAUAUAUUUUAAAAUUUGUAUUAUGCUUUAAUUGUGUAGCCGAGACUAUUUUCCAUGAGAGAUAUCUGUGAUUGUGUUGUUGCCGCCCUGCUGUUUACUGGAUACUAUCUGCAACUUGAUCCUGUGGUUCUCCAGAGAUCCUUGGGAAUAUAGCAUAUCCGAGGUUGUUUUCAAAAACCCUAAUUCGUUUUCAUUUCGAGUGAAUAUAGAAGUACAUAGAACAGUUUUUUUGUUUUGGAAAAUCCAAUUAAGGUGGAAAACUCUGUUGGCUCCGGCCGUAACUUACUGACAUUAAAAAUUCUUGUCUUUUUGGAAACAGCCUCAGCUAUGGUAUAUUCCUCAGGAUCAUGUUGCAGCUAGUAUUAAAAAACAACACAAAUUUAAACCACUAUAUUAACAUUACAGGAUAUAUUACAAUUGUUUUACACCAUCCCGUAACCCGAAAAAGCCAUUAUACAUUUACCUGGACUAAAGCAUGGCAACGCCCGCGUUACCGCACAGGCGAACGUAAAAUGGUUAAUUAUUUAUGAAUUUCUUGAAAAUAUCUAAAUUUGCUUCAACAGAAUCAUUAGAAACAAGGAACUGAAUAAAUCCUUUUUUGGGUGUUUCCCUUUUUUUUUUUUUAGUGGCAUCCCUACACUUCUAAUAUUUUGUCUGUACUUUAAUCACUCACUCCUAUAGAAUAUACUUACCAGUUCACAUACAUUAUGUUUGAAACCUUCCUGUAAAGUAGGCGAUGAAACAAGAAAUGUACUGGAUAAAUGUGUAGUUGGGACUUUUGGGAAUUAAGUGAAAAGUUGGUUAGAUGAGGCCAGUUAAAUUAAUAAUACGUAAAUUACAAUUUUAAAACAGAUAUUAAUUAUCAAUCGUUUGUGAUCUAACUAAACCAACCUUUCACUUGUUUUAUUAGACUUGUUUCUUAGAAGUUGUGACUUUAUAAAUUUACUACAGUAUAUAAAUAAUCUCGAGAUACUCUCGUAGAAAACAUUAUUUUUUUAAUAUUAAGGUUCUUGGAUCGUUAAACCUAAAUUCUUGUUUUUUUUUUUUACAAUCAUUACUUAGUUUUUAUUUUAUGCACUCCUUAAGAUUGUGUAACGUGUUUGCAUGCAUUUAUAUCUAUGUUUCAGUGUGUGCAUGACAUACAAGAUUUCAUUGGCGAACAUCAUAUGCAAAUCACAAAUAAUUUGUUUCACUAGAGUCGUGAAAAUGAGCACAGUUUUCACAAAGAAGAUAAAUCCAGUGACAGGAAAACUUGAAUGGGUGAUGCAGGAUGAGAACUAUGAUUUCCAUCAGGAAAUUGCUCGUUCUGCGUUUGCAGACAUGCUUCACGACAGGGAGAGGAACCGGAAGUACUACGAGGGAAUUAAGCUGGCAGUGAACAAAAUGCAUGAUGCAAAUAAAAAAGCUCAUGUACUAGACAUUGGUACAGGAACCGGUUUGCUGUCCAUGAUGGCUGCGAAGUGUGGUGCAGAUACUGUCGUUGCUUGCGAGUCGUUCAAACCAAUGGCUGAAUGUGCAGGGAAAGUGAUUGCGGAGAAUGGAUUUGCCGACAAGAUACGCCUGGUUCCCAAGCGGUCCACGGAGUUGAUUGUAGGGGAAAGUGGUGACCUGGAACAUCGUGCAAAUAUUCUCGUUACGGAAGUAUUCGACACGGAGCUGAUUGGGGAGGGAGCUCUGGGUACUUUCAAACAUGCUCACGAUCAUCUCCUUGAAGAGGACUGCAUUGUGGUGCCAUCGUCUGCAACAGUAUAUGCUCAGGUGGCUGAGAGCGACUUGAUCGUCAGAUGGAACAGGCUUUUACCGUUCACCAACCCGAAGAGUGGGGAGGUGCUGUUGGAUACCCCUCCGGCAUUGGAUCGUUGCCGCGGAGCUGCGUCGGUCCACGACAUCCAGUUGAACCAGCUGCCCCGGUCGGAGUUCGUGGCCCUGUCGGACCCGGUGCCUGUGUUCAGGUUUGACUGGACGGGACAGAAACCGCUGGAGUUCCACGAGGCGGCCGUGAAGACGGUGCAAGCGACCCAGGGGGGCACUGCCCACGGAGUGUUCAUGUGGUGGGACCUUGAGAUGGAUCCGGAGGGGCAGGUGUCGCUGAGCUGUGCCCCGAGGUGGGCCCGCCCCGACAAAAAGACACCACCUCCGUGGAGGGACCACUGGAUGCAAGCAGUUUACUACCUGCCUGGAGGCCUAUCAGUCACGGCUGGAGAGGAAUUUGCGCUCGCUGCCUACCACGACGAGUACAGCCUGUGGUUCGACGUGCACGAACACGCCAGCUCGUACGACGCAAGUCUGGAGCCCCCCGUGUGCGAGUGCUGCCUGCACCUAGCCUGCAGCCGCACGCACGUCGGGGCGAUGAACGACGCGGGGCGCCGGUCGCGGUACGUGGAUGCCCUGCAGGAGGCACUGGGCACGGCUGGGUGCGACGCGGUCCUGUGCCUGGGGGAGACCAGCCUCCUGGGGCCGCUGGCGGCUCGACUGGGAGCCCGCGCGGUGUACUGCGUGGAGGAGGGUGGCCUGGCACGUAGCGUGCUCAAUGUGUUCCUCGCCCACAACCAGCUGCAAGACCGCGUCGUCAUCGUCCCGAGCAUCCACAGUGUGCAGCCACAGCAGCUGCAGCAGGUGACGCUGAUACUCAGCGAGCCCCACUUUGGGUCCGCCCUGCUGCCCUGGCAGAACCUGCACUUCUGGUACGAGAAAGCGGCGCUCGCCACGCACCUGCCCAAUUCCGUGGGCGUGAUGCCGCGUGCAGCCACUGUGUGGGCGGUGGCAGUGGAGUUUGAUCACCUGUGGAAGAUAUGCGCCCCUCUGCACCGCGUCGAGGGCUUCAGCAUGAGCCAUUUUGAUACCCUCAUCAAGAGCUCUCGGAGUAUCAGCGACAGUGCGGUGGAGCCACAACCCCUGUGGGAGUACCCGUGCCGAGCCCUCAGCAAGCCCUUCCCAGUCAUGGAGUUCAACUUCCUGGAGAACCUCCCGAAGUCAACCGUUGACAACUCGGGAGAUGUUUUUUUCGAAAGCAAGGGCCUCUGCCACGGGGUGGCCUUGUGGGCUGACUGGGACCUGGACGGGAACCCCAAGCACGUCAUCUCAACGGGCCCCAUCACGCCCCCCGACCCGGGCAGUUUCGUGGCCUGGGACAUGCACACACGCCAAGGAGUGUACUUCUUCCCCCGGCACCACCUCGUACAUUGCAGUGCCUUCCUCGCGUUCCACGUCAGCUUCCGGCCGCUUGAGGGGGACCUGAACUUCGGCUUCCAAGUAUUUGAGUGACACCCGUCGCUGCUUUGCUAGGGCAAAUGUAAACCAUCAUGAAAUACAAUAUUCUUGUUUUUCAAA